AUUAAUACGACUUAAACGCGUGUGUUUUCAACAGUUUGAUGCUUAAUAAUAGUUGUUUUAUUGAAAAUUAGUCAUAAUUUAAAGUUAACUACGCUAAUUACACUGACGAAAUUAAAUUAACACCAGCGCAGUGAACGUAGCCACAGGUAAUUGCUGCAUUAGAUCAAGAACGCACCGCGGCACCAGAUGGCGCAGUAGUACUCGUGAUGUUGUUACAUACCGUAUGGGCGUGUGAGUGCUUGUGUAAAAAAUUAAGUGUUUUGUGUUGUUUUAAGCGCUAAUGGAGAACGAAAACGGUAAACAGACUGCAAUGUAAAGAAGAGUUUAGAAAACACGCCAAAACGAGUGCCUUACUAUCGACUAAGUGCCUAUUUUAUAAAUAGUUACGUUUAGCUGCGAACGAUACGAAGACGAUAUACUGCGAAUCAUUGGUACCAAGUGACAAUCCACCACCGCAAACACAGACGGAGUCGUGACGAAGUCUGCGCGCACGCAUCGAGGAAGCUCUGCACGACAACUGGCGGAGGCUGACCUCUGCACGCACUAGCCCACUCCCUAAGCAGGAUGGCGGCCCUCUCGCUGAAGAUCUCCAUCGACGGCGGCAAGGUGGUGAAGACCAUACAGUUCGACCCUUCCACCACGGUGUAUGACGCCUGCCGCAUCAUCAGAGAGAAGAUCCUUGAAGCUAGCAGUGGUGAUCCAAAAGAAUACGGCCUCUUCCUGGCAUCAGAAGAGGACAACAAGAAGGGAAUAUGGCUGGAAGCCUCCAGAAGUCUGGACUACUACAUGCUGAGGAACGGAGACCUGCUCGAGUAUAACAAGAAGACCAGGAAUUUGAGGGUCCGGAUGUUGGAUGGUACGGUGAAAACCCUGUUGGUAGACGACAGCCAAGUAGUAGCUAACCUCAUGGUGGUGAUCUGCACCAAGAUCGGCAUCACCAACUAUGAUGAAUAUGGCUUGGUCCGCGAAGAGCAAAAAGAAGAAGUAGACCCUUGCGAGAAGCCCAACUUCGGCACUUUGACCCUCAAGCGGAAACACCAGGAGAAGGAGAGGGACGCCAAGAUGGAACAGCUGAGGAAGAAGCUCAGGACUGAUGAUGAAGUAAACUGGGUGGAACCAUCAAAGACUCUUCGCGAACAAGGAGUAGACGCCUCAGAGACAUUACUCCUCCGCCGAAAACUGUUCUUCUCUGACCGCAAUGUGGACUCCCGGGAUCCAGUGCAGCUGAACCUGCUGUAUGUGCAGGCCAGGGACGCCAUACUGGACACCACGCAUCCUGUCACCAUGGACAAAGCUUGCGAGUUUGCGGGAAUUCAGUGUCAGAUUCAGUUCGGAGAUCACAGAGAGGAUAAACAUACACCCGGAUUUUUAGACCUCAAAGAAUUCCUCCCCGCCUCCUACGUGAAAGUGAAAGGCAUUGAGAAGAAGAUAUUCCGCGAGCACAAGAAGCAUGUCGGCUUGAGCGAGCUCGACGCUAAAGUGCUCUACACCAAGAGCGCCAGGGACCUCAAGACUUAUGGCGUCGCCUUCUUCCUGGUCAAGGAGAAAAUGAAAGGCAAGAACAAGCUAGUCCCCCGUCUACUGGGCGUCACGAAGGACUCGGUGCUCCGUCUCGACGAGAAGACCAAGGAGAUACUGCAGACCUGGCCUCUGACUACCGUGAGGAGAUGGUGUGCCAGUCCUAACACGUUUACACUGGACUUUGGCGAUUAUAGCGAUCAAUACUACUCAGUCCAGACCACAGAAGCGGAACAGAUCCUCCAAGUAAUAGCUGGCUACAUCGACAUCAUAGUUCGCAAGCAACGAGCCAAAGACCACCUCGGCAUCGAGGGAGACGAGGGCUCCGCCAUGUUGGAGGACUCUGUCUCACCUUCCAAGGCGAAUAUUAUCCAACACGACACAUUCAAGUCUGCCAAAGUGAAUACGGAAUCCUUGGCUAAACCCGCCGUGCACAGACCUGGGGCUGAAGGAGCCAAGCCUUUCGCCGUGAACCACAUGACCGGAGCUCAACAGACUACCGUAUCCGGCCAGAUCAUAACUGGACAUACCCCGCCCGCUGCAUCACAAAUGCAGCAGACUAAAGUGAGCUCCAUCCUGACGGAGCCGCAGCGAGCCUUGCUGUCCACCAUCAGCUCAGGAGUUGAGAUCAUCAAGCAGACUGAAGAGGGACUCUCCAGGGCGACUCUCCCAGCCCUAGGCCAGGACGCGGCGUCCGUCAAGUGGAAGCAAGUGACGAUGGACACGAACAAACAGGUCGUGACGUCACAGAUCGCCGCCAUGAACGCUGCCACUGCGCAGGUCGUCACGCUCACUUCCGGUACAGAAGAAGUAGACCACACAGCCGUCGGAGCGGCAAUCACCACUAUCACCACGAACCUGCCGGAAAUGACUAAAGGCGUACAAAUGAUCGCCGCUCUAAUGGACGACGGUGAUCAUGGUGAUAAGCUGUUAGAUGCUACCAGGAAACUGUGUACGGCCUUCAGUGAUCUGUUGAAGGCUGCUGAACCGGAGACUAAAGAGCCACGUCAGAAUCUCCUCAACGCUGCCUCCAGAGUCGGCGAGGCUUCCACCACCGUCCUCUACACCAUCGGCGAGGAAACGGAAGAGGACAAGGAAACCCAGGACAUCCUCCUAUCUCUGGCUAAGGCAGUAGCCAACACCACAGCAGCUCUAGUCCUGAAAGCGAAGAAUGUAGCCGCCAUGUGCCGUGAGGAGCAGGCAUUACAGAACAACAUCAUCUCUGCGGCCACGCACUGCGCUCUGGCGACCAGCCAGCUGGUGGCCUGUGCCAAGGUGGUAGCCCCAACUCUUCACAACCCUGCUUGUCGAGAACAGCUGACCAGUGCCGCCCGCCUCGUGGCCCAGGCUGUAGAGCGAUUAGUCCAGGCUUGCGCCGGAGUGCCCGACUGCGCGGCUCCCGGCGUGGAACAACUCACGGCGGCUGCUCACAGGGUCAGCGAGGAGUUGGAGAGACUGCUGGCUCAUACUGAUCUGGACCGUCGUGUGCAACCGACAGUGACGGAACGCUCAGUAGAGAGCGUGAUGUCGGCCAGCGAGCGGCUGGUGUCGGCCGCCGACCCCGCCGACAUGGUGCGGCACGCGAGGCUGCUGGGGCAGGCCACUGCACAUCUCAUUACUAACAUCAAGACAGAAGCAGAAAGUCAGCCAUCGGACUCUCAGCGCAAACUCUUAGCGGCCGCCAAGUUACUCGCCGACGCCACUGCCCGCAUGGUGGAGGCGGCUAGACAGUGUGCUUCAUCGCCACAGGAUCGUACAAAACAAGAGGCGUUGCGCAAAGCUGCGGAAGAAUUGCGCUAUAUCACCGUGGAUUAUGCGCAAGGACAAGACAUCGUGGGCUCGCAAGUCGCGAGGUUACAGGAUUCGGCCCGGCAAGCGGCUUCAAGCGCUACACAACUGAUUACAUCGGCGCAUAACGCUGCGCAGUACAACACCAACAAAUAUACACAGGAGACGCUAAUGGAAGAGUGCAAGGCACUAAGCGAGCAGAUCCCGCGAGUAGUGGACGCCGUGCACGUGGCUAGUCCCCUUCCGCAUCACCAGCUCGACCUCAUCUCCGCAUCCGAGGCAUUCCUGCAGCCGAGUGGACACGUAAUAGCAGCGGCUCGCGGUGCCCUGCCCACGCUGGUAGACGGGCCCACCGCCAAGCAUCUCGCUGACACCACCCAUACUUUUACCACCAGCUGUGCUGAGCUCAGGUCUGCAGUAAGCCGUGCCCGUAUAUCCUGCAAGGGCUUGGAGCUGGAUGCUGCGGCGGAGAUCAUCAAGUCUUUGCAAGCUGAACUUGAUGAGCUAGAGGAGGCUGCGCGAGCCUUCGAGCUUAGACCACUGCCUGGGCAGACGGCUGAAUGGGCCUCCUCAACAAUGAAAACUUCAUCCCGCCUAGCCGCUUCGUCAACCGCACAGCUAGUAUCAGCCGUCCGCGCGGGCGAGUCGGCUGCUUGCGGCCGGGCCGCGGGCGAACUCGCCCAGUCGCUCAAAGACUUCACUACUGGACUCAGAGCUUCGGCUGCGCUGCAUGAUGAUCAGCCGAGGAGGGAGAGGGUGAUAUCAUCAGGUCGCCAAGUCCUGUACUCCUCGCAGACGCUGGUGGAGCACGUGAAGACUUACCUGACCACCUCCGAGACUGUUGAUACCACAUCCAUUAUGUCUAUUGCUAAGGAUAUCUCGCAGGGUCUGGAAUCCACACUGGAAGCGAUACCUUCCCACACAGAACUGGAUGUGGCCAUGGAGAACAUCAACGAUACCCUCAAUAUACUGAAUAUGGGAGAGUUCCCGCCUUCGGAUAGACCUUAUGGCGAGCUCCAAUCGGAGCUGAACGCUGCAGCGGUCGGCCUGAACACGGCGUCAUCAGACGUGGUGCAGGCGGUGGAGCGGCCGGCCGCGCUGGCCGCGUCCGCCGCGCACUUCGGCUCCGCCUUCAACCGACUGCUCGGAGUCAGUGUUGAGAUGGCCGGACACACUGAGGAUCGUGAAGCCCAGACCCUCAUGGUUAGCUCCAUGAAGAGUGUGACCGUCAACUCUUCCAAACUCCUGGGUACUGCCAAGUCUGUUAGCCAGGAUCUGACUCGUCCCAACGCUAAGAAUCAACUGGCAGCGGCCGCCCGUGCCGUCACCGAUAGCAUCAAUCGACUUGUGGACGUGUGCACGGAAGCAGCACCAGGUCAGAAGGAAUGCGCGGCCGCCAUCCGCAGCAUCGAGAGCACCCGCCCCCUCCUCAGCAGCCCCACGCAGCCACUCACCGAGCUGGGCUACUUCGCCUGUCUCGACGCCGUGGUGGAGCAGAGCAAGAGUCUUAGUGAAGGCAUGUCGUCAAUGGCAUCAUCAGUGAAGCGCAGCGAGACAGAGCAAUUCUGUCGAGCCGUGGGCACCGUCGCCGCCGCCGUGCAGGGCCUGCUCGAGUGCACCGCGCAGGCUGCAUACCUGGUGGCAGUCUCCGACGAGACGAGCGUAGCAGGUCGUCCCGGGCUAGUAGACCAGGCGCAGUUCGCCCGCGCCGCCGUCGCCAUCGACCAGGCCUGUCGGGCGCUUUGUGAUAGCUCCAGCAAUCAGCAGCAGGUACUAUCAGCAGCGACCGUAGUAGCGAAGCACACGAGCGCUCUGUGCAACGCGUGUCGCGUGGCGAGCGGCCGCACCCGGGCCCCGCACGACAAGCGACACUUCGUGCAGGCCGCUAAGGACGUCGCCAACUGCACUGCUGCUCUCGUCAAGGAGAUUAAAGCACUGGAUACUGAUUAUAGCGAGGCUAACCGCGCCCGCUGCGCCACAGCGACGGGCCCCCUACAAGACGCCGUCCGCAGCCUCUGCCAGUUCGCCGACAGUCCCGAGUUCGCUUCCAUACCAGCGAAGAUAUCGCCUCAGGCCAGGAAGAACCAGGAGGCUAUAUUGGAAUGUGGCAGGAACAUAAUCUCUGGGUCAUGCAGCAUGCUGGAAUCAGCACGGGCACUGGCGCUGUCGCCUGCUGAGCGGGCGCAGUGGCAGCAGCUGGCUGCGCACAGCAAGACCGUCUCCGACAGCAUCAAGUCGCUCGUCACUAACAUCAAAGAGAAGGCGCCGGGGCAGAGAGAAUGCUUGGCGGGCAUAGACACGCUGAACAAGCAGCUGCGCGAGCUAGACCAGGCCGCCAUGCAGGCUGUCGGACAGGAGCUGUAUCCUAGGAAGAAUAACUCACUACAAGGAUAUUCAGAACAGAUCGAGAACAGUUCAACAGAAAUGCUGGAGCGAUUGGAACCGCUCCGCGUGGCCGCCAACGGAGAGGCUGAGAACCUGGGACAUGCUGUCACACAGUUUGUAUCAUACGCGGAGCCCCUGGUAUCAGGCACGGUGGGAGCAGCCUCCCUGGUGACGGAGUCGGAGGCGCAAGCCGAGCUGCUGCAGCACGCUCGCACAGUCCUGGAGGCAGCCUCGCAGCUGCUGCAGGAUGCUAGGGCUGCGGCCGGCAACCCCAGGGCAGUAAACAUGCACGGCAAAGUGGAAACACAGACCAUGGCUUGCCGUUCAGCUCUCUCCGAGCUCGGCAGCUUCGUGCGCGAGCUCAGCGCGGCUCGCGGCGCCGUGGGACCGCUGCUCGAUACUAUGCAGAGGGCUAUAGCUCGUCUUACUGAUCACAGAAUGUCUCUCAUAGCGUCGUACGACGAGGCGGAUUCGUUCGUCGACUAUCAAACGCGCAUGGUCGGCGCCGCCAAGGAUAUCGCACGACUUGCCACAGACAUGACGGCGAAGUCAGCGACGGACGCGAGCCGUCUAGUGCAGCUGGGCAACGAGAUGUGUCAGAAGUACGAGCAACUCGCGCAGGACAGCGUCGGAGCGUCCGCCACCACGCCCAACUCUGAUGUCGCUAAUAGGAUCCGCGUAGCAGUAGUAGAACUAGGCGAGGGUGCCGCUGAACUGAUAAAGGCGGGCGGCCACUGUCGCCUCUCCGCCGUGCCCACCAACCAGCGGGCUGUGGCCGACAGCGCCAAGAUUGUUAACGAGAAGGUGAUAGCAGUACUAAGUGCUCUGCAAGCUGGCUCUCGCGGUACUCAGGCGUGCAUCGACGCGGCGGCUACCAUCGCCGCCAUUAUUGGCGACCUGGAUACUACUAUACUGUUCGCUAGCGCUGGAACACUCCACUCCGAGAAAGAAACGGACACAUUCUCCGACCACCGGGAGAAUAUCCUCAAAACAGCUAAAACUCUGGUGGAAGACACCAAGACCCUGGUCGGAGGAGCAGCCGGCACACAGGAACAACUGGCUGCAGCCGCUCAAAGUGCUGUCAGCACUAUUGUACAACUAUGUGAAGUAGUAAAACUGGGAGCCAUGUCUCUCGGGUCCGGAGCCCCAGAGCCCCAAGUCCUGCUCCUCAACGCGGCCCGAGAUGUGGCCGCAGCCCUACGCGACCUCGCCGCGGCCACUACGGCUGCAAGCGGGAAGCAUGUGGCUUCCCCUGAUAUGCAUCGGCUGAAACAUGCUGCUAAGCGGCUGUCGGACACCAAUCGUCGCUGGAGUCUCCCACUCAAAGCCAGCACCAUCCCCCGCCCAAACCGACGCUCUCUCUUGCGCAGCGACUAUAACUCGGCAGACUCAGAAACCGACAUCUUUCAAUCAGACCAGGAGGACGAGCUGGUCAAACUCCUAGACUACUCCAGCCAAGACGACGAUGUCUCCCCAACUAUAUUCCACGACAAUUGUGAGGAAAUCAUCACUUAUAUAGAAAAUUUGAUGACUAUACCACCUGUUAGGAGCCUCAAAAAUGAUGAUUUAAAUGAAAGAUAUAAUUUGGCGGCCAAAAAUAGCUUGUUAGACAUGGAUUGGAGGGUUUUGAAAUACGGAGAAAAUAUACUUCUAGGGGAGACUAAGAAACUAGCAGAUUUAGCUAAAGAUAUCGGUGAUAAAGUCGAAAAUAAACGAAAGAUAGACAUGAUUCAAAGAUUGAAGGCUAAUCAUGACUUAGACUCAGAAAUGAAACGACUGUCAGCUGUCAUUGAAAACUUAGAUGAAGUAGAAAUUAUCACACGAACUGAAGUUAAAGAAACUGUGGUUAAAAAUGAGAAUAAACCAGAUGAUGUUAAGCUAACAAGCCCAGUAUUCAGAAUUAAAAAGAUCCGACCAGUAAGCUUAGACAUUCAAACUUCACCAGACACUAAAGAUACGCUUAAACAAAUACUUAGUCCAGAGGAAAAACAAAAAGAUGAAUCUAUGGAAAUAAUAGUCAAUCCUGAAGUUAAGACCAAAACUGUGACGAAAGAUGUGACGGACGUUAAUACGAUGACCAAAAAGGUCAGAAUGGAAUUUUGGAAAAUGUUCAAAGAUGACACUGAAUGGUGGAAAGCGCUAGCUAAGAGAAAUCUAGACAAAAUGGAGGAAGCUAGGCGAGAUCUAGAAAGAUUCAGUGGACACGAGCUUGUCCUAGGUGAAUUCCAAACACAGAUUGACAAGUUCGAAAAUGAAAAACAUACGCUACAGAACUUCAUUGAAGAAGUUGAUAAAUCCAAGGCAGUCAACCAAGAUUUGGAAUAUAAUAAAAAGUACGAAGACAUGGUUUUAAAACUAAUAGAAUUCGCCAAAAAGGACUUUAUUUACAAAGGCUUUGAUCCUCUAAUUGAACAGCUAAAAGCUCUAUCUAAUAUAAAAAUUGAUCGCAGAAAAAAGGUUGAAAUUCAAGAGAUACUCAACAUAUACUCUCAGAUAGAUACAAGCAAAUAUACUUACGAAGAACUUUGUCUACUGGAAAGAUAUUACAAAGACAUUAUAAGAAAAUACAAAAAAGAUACGAGAGACAAAGAAAAUAUACCGGAAAAUAGAAACGUAUAUUCCACAAAUAGUUUACAUAGAAACAUAAACCGUCAGACUAAAAUAACAUUUAACACAGACACUAUGAAAAGUACCAGAUCAAAUCCGGAAAAGUAUCAAAACACCCCGGAAAUUUUCGACUUAACAAGAACAUACCCCUUAGAAUAUUACGCGAACAAUUGGUGGCGGAUUUACGAAAGUAUAUUAAAAAGUCGCGAACAACAAUUCGGCUCAAUAGACAAUUGGUGGAAUGUCUACGAAAGAAUACUGAACAAGACCGAUUCUGAAAACUUCAAUCAUUCAUUCGUUCGUUCCCGUUCACGUUCAAGACCGAGUUCUCGCAUGGAGGAACAAUUGAGGAUGUUAGACGAGAUAAAACAUGAUCAGUUUAAAGAAACGGAAGCUGUGACGACGAAGGACGAUGAAUCGGUGAUGGUGACCAAUGUGACGUCACUGCUGAAGACCGUGAAGGCUGUGGAAGAUGAGCAUACGCGAGGCACCAGGGCACUGGAGUCUACUAUUGAGGCUAUUUCUCAGGAGAUUGAGGUGCUGAUGUCCUCUACACCGCCGAAGACCACAGCAACCCCCGAAGAACUGAUCCGCUGCACUCGACAGAUGACAGUGGCCACCGCCCGCGCAGUGUCUGCCGGCAACGCGAACAAGCAAGACCAGCUCACCGCCGCCGCCAACCUGGGCCGCAAGACUGUCGUAGACCUGCUCGUCAUCUGUAAGGGAGCAGCGUACUCAGCCGAGUCCUCAGAACUCCAAACCCGAACGCUAGAAUGUGGUCGUGCAGCCGCUACGGCGUACCGCGCGUUACUGUCGGGCGUGCUCGCGGCGUGUGCGGGCGACGCGGCGGCGAGGCAAAUGUUGCCGCAGCUGUCGCGCCACGUGGCGCAGACCACGGCCGACAUCAUUGCCACCGCUGAUCUGCUUAAAGGUUCCGACUGGGUGGACCCGGAUGACCCGACCGUGAUAGCCGAGAACGAGCUACUGGGAGCCGCGGCGUCUAUCGAUGCCGCUGCCAAGAAACUCGAGUCGCUCAGGCCUAGGAAGAGUGUUAAAGUUCAGGAAGCAGAUGAGAGCCUGAACUUCGAUGAGAUGAUCUUGGAAGCUGCGAAGUCCAUCAUUGCGGCCACGUCAGCCCUCGUGCGAGCUGCCUCGGCCGCUCAGAGAGAGCUUAUUGAUCAGGGCAAAGUAGCUAGACGUCCAACCUCAUCAUCGGACGACGGGCAGUGGUCCGAAGGCCUGGUCAGCGCCGCCCGUCUAGUGGCAGCAGCUGCCCACUCACUGGUGGAAGCUGGCAGUGCUCUGGUCCAGGGUGCAGGGUCUGAAGAACGUCUCAUAUCCAGUGCUAGGCAGGUGGCGUCCAGCACUGCACAGCUGCUGGUCGCUUGUAAGGUGAAAGCCGACCCAUCUUCCGAGUCAACCCGUCGCCUACAAGCAGCCGGGGCCGAAGUGAUCCGGUCCACGGAUAACCUGGUGCGAGCUGCCCGGGAUGCCAUACAGACUGAAGAGGAACGCUCUCUCGUGCUGAAUAGACGCAUGGUCGGCGGUAUUGCACAGGAGAUUGAUGCCAGAUCGGAGGUCCUCCGCAUAGAGAAGGAGUUGGAGGAAGCUCGCGGGCGCCUGACCGCCAUCCGCCAGGCCAAGUACAAGCUCCGCAGCGACACCUCGGGGGACGACACCGACACCGACGUGCAGCUGGGCUACACCAGCGAUGCCUCGCUACACAGAAUGCGGACCCCAAACAGCAGUUUCGUGAACACGACAUACAGCCCUAACAGUACUUACUCACCCCACACGACACAAACUACCCACAAUACCACCAACAUCUCUACCCACAUUUCUCACCUUAACCAGUCAAUUCACGGAACGCCUAGCCAAACUGCAAAAUCACCAGUUUCACCCGGAUACGGAUACACAACCCCAAAAAGUCCUACCGUGCCAGCCAGACCGGAAAAUUACACUCAGACCAACCAGUCGAGCGUCAACCAGUCGAGUAUCAACCAGUCUUACAGUCAGAACUAUAAUCAGACUCGCGAUGAGAAGCAGUAUACGGUGCAGAGUCCGACGUUCUCAAGUUUCAGACCUCAAGAAGAUCAGAAGCAGAAUUAUGAAGGAUUUACUACUCGAGUUUCUUCAAAUGACAGAACGAUGAAUCAAGACUACGAGACCCGUCUCUACGACACCCCCCGACCCCUGGACAUCCGCACCGAGCAACAAGAGACCUCGCAAUACGACUACAAAGAACACAAGUACUCCUACGAGGCCCCCAAGACCCCCUUAAGCCCUAAAUUCAACGCUAGAGAACUCAAAUUUGACGACAAAGAACCAAUCUAUUCAACACUGAAAAAACCCUUCGAUGGUGUCGGUCAGACCUUUUCAGAACAUCAGAAGUCUACUGAAGCUAUCCCCGGUGGGACUAAACAUUCUGAGUAUAAGAUACAUAGUGAGUCUUACCAGUCGUAUCCCAAAACGGAAUACAGUAAGAUGGAAUUCCGUGAAGAUGUAAAGUCACCCUUUACUUCGACCCCAAAAUUCGAUCGGUCUACUGAGUUAGUGAAGGCAGCUACGCCAGAUUAUGACAGAAUCGCUUCUCCUUAUAAAGAAACUUCUAGUUACGGGGGACCGAAUUACAUGGAAGAAACUACUACAGAAGUCAAAGAAAUACCGAACGGUACUCAGAAAAUUACAACUACAAAAAUAUACAGCUCAUCUCCAGUUAAUUUGACAACUACCAGUACUAAGUAUGAACCAAUCAGACUCGAUGGUAUCGAUGAAUUGUCCAAGUCAUUUGAUAAUGACUCGAAAUACAGCACUCUAGACUCUCGCUUUAACACUUUAGAGUCGAAAAUGAGUUCGGACACCAGUCGAUCUUUCAUGAGACCUUCAGAAUUCCAAUCCUCGGAUUAUCAGACUACCACAAACGUGACCAAAGUCAAAAAACCCUCAGAACUGGUGAAAGAAAUUGACUCGUUAGACAAGAAGUUCUCGAAACAGACCAUAACGUCAGAAACUAUUGAAAGAAAGUCUGUCAUGACCAGUUCUCACAAGUCAGAAUCUUCGUCGACCGUUACUAAGAAGUUCGGCAAUUUCUAAGAGUAGUGAUGGUGUCGACUGGCGAAGUUUCGUGAAAAGAAAUGUAUAUGAAAUAUAAAUUAAAAUAAGAUAUUAUUUAAAAAUCUAUGAGUAAAUGUUAACAUUUAAUUAUUUGAAGUAGUUACGCACUAAUAUUCAAUUUAAUGAAAUAUUUAAACGAAUAUUAUGUAACAUUUUUAUAUUAAUAUAAAUCUGUGUGUCGGAUUGUCGGACAAAAAUUUUAUGUUUCAUAUAACGUGCCUUAUGAUUCGCAGCUUGAACAACUUUUUUCUAUAAACAUUCAAGUGUUUAAUUUGAAUAUAUUAUAAAAUAUAUUUAUAAUAUAAUAUAUAACAGUGUACUCGUAGUAUAGGUGCCCGCGAAAGCGAUUCGUCCACUGAAGGUAACUAAACACCAAUUCUCAUAGUUUAGUGCAUAAAAAUAUAACUUUAUAUGUAGACUUUACUAUAUAAACAAUGUAUUUUGUACCCGCCAUUAUGUAUAUUCAGUAAUACGACAAAUUACUCCGAAAACUCAUCAUCUGCCUAGCCUUUUCCCAAUUAUGUUGGGGUCGGCUUCCAAUCACACCAGAGGCAGCUGAGUACCAAUGUUUUACAAGGAACGACUACGUAUCUGACUCCUCAAUCUAGUUACCCGGGCAACCCAAAACGCCUAUGUAAGGCUGCUUGUCAGACUUACUGGCUUCUUACUACCCGUAACGACUGCCAAAGAUAUUCAAUAACAGCAGUCCAAAAACUGAAGUUUCGGAGUAAUUUCUCGUUAAUAUAUACAGACAAGUAUAAAUAAAUAUAAGUGUAUUGACAAAACCAGCGCUAUAAUAAGCUGACGUUUGAAUAUUCUUACCAGAAAUUAUAAUUAUAAGAAAAUAUAAAAUGCCUUAUAUGGUAAUUACCUGAAAUGGUAAAAUAUUACCUUGUAUGGUAAAUUAUAGGACGUUACCACGAGCAAAUAGUUCGUGUCGGGCUAAAGCGUGUCUUAUUAAUAUUAAUUGUAAUACUGUACUAUUUGUAAUCGAUAUUCUUGUAUAAGCCGUAGUUAAAAUCGCUCAGAAAAAAAAACUCCAAAAUAUAUUUAUCUAUGUGUCGAAUUUGUGUCAGAAAUCCGACAUUUUAGAGAAAAUACGGCAAAAUUAAAUUUUAUUCCGAAACUGUUAACUUUACAUGAUGUCAUGUUUCAGUUUUAAGAAAUCUGACAUUCGUUUUGAAUAUUUUAAUAUUUGAAAAUAUUUUUUUUAAUCUGACAACACUAGUGGCCAUUCUGAUAGACCAUAUUGGCUUUUUCUGAGCGCUUUUACAUACGAAAUUAACUUGUAAACUCAUAAUAUAUACUAUUAUAUUAUACUAAUUAAUGAUAGCUAUAUACACACUAUUUACUAGUUUUUGAUACAUCUUGAGUACAUCAAUAAAAAAAUCUCUUUAAAACCAAAUGGAACGUAAUUUUACUAAUUUUUAUUGUUUAAACGAAUCACUUGGUAUUUUAUUUGUUAAUAUUAUGUUGAAUUUUAUGUACGGUAGCUAGAUGUAAGCUUGUAUGGUGAUCGUGUCAAUGUAAUAAACUUGUAACUAAUAUA